GCCCUUUCUUCACAAACGAUCAUUCAUAAAGACUAUUAUCCUCACUUUCAACGUACAAAAAUAAUGGGCGAAUUGAAGACCGACGACUCCAAGGCCCCGUCCUACACCUCCAUCGACCCCGUCGAGUUGGAGAAUGCCGAGAAACAAGAGCAAAAACAUACAAGCCCCAAAGUGGAUUGUUUAACCCACGGGCCCAGUCAAGUCCCGCUUCUCGAUUGCGAACUGCAGAAGCCGCAGGCAAAAGAUAUCAUACGCACACUGGCAGCAGCAUUGAUUGAUAUUGCCGAUGAGAAGAAGUGCACCAAGUGCACGGUGGAGAAUAUCUCGACUCUACUCACGGGGCAUGUCCGGGAUCUUAGAGCCGCGAAGCGGAGCGGGAUGUGGUCUAAAGAAGACAAGAAGGCUCUCAAAGCGGAGAUUAAAGGUCUUCUCAAGCCGGUCAAGAAAGAUGUGAAGAGCCUAUGGAAAGCAAAUUAAUGACCCUUUCUUUUCUUUGGGAUCAAGGUGGCAAGUGCGCAGGUGUACCCUAGAGGGUGUUCUACAAUGUAAUUUGAUUUUCGGCGUUUUUGUUUACUACGGUCAUCAGAGAGAGAGAACAAUGGAAUUUCCAUUUUUCAUACCUUAAGAAUAAUA